CCACCUUGAAGUAUGAGGAGGGGUAUCUUGACGUGUCAGAGGAUAGGAUAUAUAGAGGUUUUGCAUGCAGAUAUGAGAGUAGAUCAUCUGUUCGUGUAUCGAACACUGUGUUUCUCUGAAAAAUGCAAGCAGUGACAACAGCAAUAUGAAGUUGUUUCUUGCUAUAUCGACCAUAAGCGGUUUAAUCGCAUUAUGCCAUAGUGCGACUGAAUCUCCGGAAUCAAAAUUAUUCCCAAAAUUAAACGAUGCACAACGUGUAUAUACGAGUAAUACAGACAACCAGGGAGAUUUGACUACAUCUGCGAGCGAUCGAACAUUUCAUAUAACCAAAGAUUAUGGGUCAAUUGGAUAUCCAGGAGGAUAUCCUGGAGGAUAUCCCGGAGGAUAUCCUGGAUAUUCAUAUGGCACUAGUCCGGGAAUAAUUGGAUCUGUUUAUCCUGGUACUUCAUAUCGCGGUAGCAGCAUAAUUCCAGGAUAUAAUAGGGGUUAUCAAUAUCCAGGUGGUCUCAUCGGCAGCGGUAAUAUCGGGUAUGGAUAUUACGGAAAUUAUCCUGGAUAUAGCGGCUACGGUGGUGGAUAUGGAGGAUAUGGAGGGUAUGGCGGCUAUGGCGGCUAUGGCGGUUAUGAUGGAUACGGUGGUUAUGGAGCUUAUGGAAGAGGGUUUAUUCCUGGAGGUUACGGAGGUUACGGAAGUUAUGGUGUCGGAGGUUACGAGGACGGUUAUUUAGGAUAUGGACGUGGUGGUUACGGGCGUUAUGAUGGAUACGAUAGUUCUACUUAUGGAAGCGGAUAUGGUACAAAUUAUGGUUCGUCAUAUGCAGCAAGAAGUCCCUACAGUUAUCGCGGUGGUAAUUAUGGCACUUCCCUCGGUAAUCCAACUGGUUAUCGUGGUUAUUCUUAAACAUGACUCUAUGUUUUUUUACAUAACUUUCACACAAUGUCUUUACAAAUUAAUACAUAUGUCUCUAUUGUUAAUGCCUCUUUUUUUAUCAUGAAUCGAUUAAUCUUUCAUCUAUAAGACUCUUCAAUAUAAGUAUAAAAAUUAAUAUAUCUCACAUGUGUAAUACAAAAAAAUGAACAAUAAUAUAUAAUUUUACAAUCUAAAAUAGAUAUGAGCUAUGUAAUAAAAUAAAAAAAUCUUAUAUUUAUAUACAUAACACAAUAAUAUAAUAUUAUAUAUAUAUUUUUAUCUAUAUUUAUAAUAUUUAUAUCUUUCAUUUUUCGUAGAUAUGUGUGCGUUAUAUUAUUCCUCAUCUAUUCCUUUAUUCCAUUAUUAUAAGUUUUUAUUUUAAUAUCAUUAAUGUUCAUAACAAUCCUAAAGUUCAGAAUAUUUGGGAAAGUAAAUAGAGCUAUUUGUGUAUACAAUUUUCUAGAUUUAUUUUAUAAUAAUUUAUUAUUUUAUGCUAUUUAAUUGAUAUUUUCUUAUGCUGUAAAUUCGGCAGUUUUUAAAGUAUAAGAUAUAUACUGAUAGGAAUAAAUUAUAUAUGAAUUAA